GUGGUUUCUUAGCAACCCACAUGUAAACAAAGUCAACGCUAAAGAAAAUGCAUUGGUUCUGGUUGAUGGAAAUAAUAAUUUAAUAAAUAAUAUUAACAAUAAUGAAGACUGUAGACACUAUAUUAUUCGACGUAUCCAAAAACGAGCUAUUCAAAAUAAACGAACAUUAUAAGACAUUGCAUCGAAAACUGAAGACAACAUGGAAAAUCAUGAUAAACCGUGACGAAAUAUCUCCGAACGUGCUUCAAGAAGUCAAGAUUCUCGUGAUACCAGGGCCGCAGAAUGUGUUUACAGAUAAUGAGUUUGCUGCGCUGAAGAGUGUGGUUGAAAGAGGUGAUUCGGUCAUAGUUCUGAUGUCUGAUGGUGGGGAGGAACGCAUGAAUACCAAUAUCAACUUCUUUCUGGAAGAAUAUGGCAUAGUAGUCAAUAAUGACUGCGUAGUUCGGGCACAAUACCACAAGUUUUACCACCCCAAAGAGUGUCAUAUUUCAAACGGUAUUCUGAACAGAGGAGUGUUGAGACAGAUAAUGAAAAUGCCGAACUACACGAGCGAAUCUGAUGAUUACAUGGAGGAUCCCCCUACACCGAAUUUCGUGUACCCAUACGGAGCCACGCUGACGGUGAAAAAACCCGCGGCCGCCAUAUUCUCGAGCAGCGACGUCUGUUAUCCCGUGAAGAGGCCCAUUGCAGCUCUCUACAACUCUGAGAAGACUGGUGGUAAGCUAUUCGUGAUGGGUUCUGGCCACUUCUUCGCGGACCAGUACCUGGAGUGCGAGUGCAAUGACCUCAUCCGCGAACUGGUCUUCAACUACAUGGGCGGCUUCACCGACCUGAGACUCAACCCUGUUGAUGUGGAGGAUCCUGAUAUAAACGAGUACCGCACCCUUGGCGACACGGUGUGGCUGAGCACGGUGCCGCUGCCGCAGCCCGCCACCGCGCCCCCGCCGCGCCUCACCCCGCUACACCCCCACGCGCUAUUCACGUGGAAACUGUUCUCAUUGAAUCUGUCACAUUUGCCCGAAGUACUAGGGAUGUAUGAUGAGCUAGGGGUGAAACACGAGCCGCUACGCCUGAUAGCGCCGCAGUUUGAAACCCCUCUGCCACCGCUACAACUUGCUGUAUUUACGCCGACGUUCCGCGAGCUGCCGCCGCCGUCGCUGGAGCUGUUCGACCUGGACGAGGCGUUCAGCUCAGAGCGCUCGCAGCUCGCCAGACUCACCAACAAGUGUCUGCAGCCUAUCAACAGCAAAAUGGCCCAAGGUGACAGUCGUCAAUUGGAGAACGACUUGGAGUACUACGUGCGUGAGUGCGGGCGUGCGGUGCGACUGUCGCGGGCGAUGGCUGAUGACGGCCCCGCCGGCAAACAGAUCCUGCACCAGCUCGCGCAGCAGCUGACCACGUACAAGAAGAUCGCACCUAGGGACUAAGGUCGCAGAGAGAUGUAGCGGGUGACUACAGAAAAGAGACUCGAGUCGCACAUUGGGACUAGGAUCGCAGGCAGAUAUGCCAACACACUUCUUAAUUUAAUAAGCCCAGUUUUUUUAUUGUAAAUAAGUGAAUUGUGAUACGAGCUAGAGUUUAAAUAAAGUUUUACAUUAAC